ACGAUUCUCGAAGUCUAUUGGUGGAAAAACAAGUGCCAGCGCGCGCUUUGGAGCAUGCGCAGUGUGACCGCCCAGUUUUCCGCUCGCUGUCUGGAGCGAAUGUCGCCCUCCUCUCGCUCCUUCUGAAGUGUGCCGAAGCUGAGGAAAACAUGUCUGAGCCCACUGUUGCCGACACCCGCCGGCUAAACUCAAAACCCCAGGAUCUGACGGACGCCUACGGCCCGCCGAGCAAUUUUUUGGAAAUCGACGUGUACGACCCGCAGACCAUUGGGGUCGGCCGAAACCGGUUCACUACAUACGAAGUGCGGAUGCGGACAAACCUUCCCAUCUUUAAGCUGAAGGAGUCCUGUGUGCGAAGAAGGUACAGCGAUUUUGAAUGGCUUAAAAAUGAGCUCGAGAGAGACAGUAAGAUUGUGGUCCCCCCCCUGCCAGGGAAAGCAUUGAAAAGGCAGCUGCCCUUCCGUGGGGAUGAGGGGAUAUUUGAGGAGUCCUUCAUUGAGGAACGGCGUGUGGGUCUGGAGCAGUUUAUCAACAGGAUUGCAGGCCACCCUUUAGCCCAGAAUGAACGCUGUCUGCACAUGUUCCUGCAGGAGGAAAGCAUUGACCGGAACUACAUUCCUGGAAAAGUACGCCAGUAGGGGAGGGUUGUAGCAAGGAGUUGAGAGGGUGGGGCCAAGUAUGGAGGGUGAGGGGCUGUUGUGCCGUUUUCAUUCAUUCCACCCUUCCACUGUUCAAAGCAGAAUAACAUUUAUUUUUACACUAAGAAAUAUAUAUAUAUAUAUAUAUAUAUAAUGAGUACAGACUUGGCUUUCAUUUCUAGUUUUCAUUUUGUUAUGGUUUUUUCCCCAUUUUGUCUGCUAAUUAGUAUCUUGAGCAACUAAAAUGUGUAUAUAUCUGUACUUUAAAAUUCAUGCAUACUCUUUUUUUCAAUGUGUAUGCUUGUGUGCCUGAUCUUUCUUGUAAAUAACAAAAGAGAGCAUGGUGUGUUUUUGUUGUGCAUAUGGGG